GAGGAGUGAAGGGGGGCAAAACCCAGAAGAGAACGGAGAGAAACAACACGAGAGACCAGCCCAGAGAGGGUCAAAACAUUGGAGAGAAAAAACUGAAUCUUGAUUGAUUGGAGGAUGGGGUGCGUAAAUUAAUACAUCAGCCAGUGAGGCCUCUCUCCCUCCCUCCCCCUCUCCUCUCUCUCUCUCUCUCUCUCUCUCUCUCUCUCAAAAGUGCCUCACUCGAGCAGCUGUCAUUCCCACAUAUACAAACCCCACCCUCUCCCUCUUCCCUCAGCUCGGCCAGCAAAUUAGCGCUUGCGCCUGUCGGAUCUUCUCUCUCUCUUUCUCUCUCUCUUUCACAUCCACAGCGGGUGCUCUUUGUUCUUUUAAUUGACCUACUCGCGUCUAGUUUCGAGAACGGCGACGAUCGCAGACCCUAACAUCAAUAGAACGAUUCCUGAAUGAGCUGAAUGGAGGAGGGGACGGCGGCGGAGUUCAAGGCGUCGUGGGGCGAGAUGAGGUGGAAGAGAAGAUACCGCGACUGAAGAAAGAAGAAAGAAGAAAGAAGAAAGAAGAAAGAAACACGCGCGCCCGCAUCCCUAGUUUGAAGCUGAAGCUGAAGCUCCUCCUCUUUGAUGACAUUCGCGCCACCACGAUGGCCUACCCACCGCACUACCACCGAUCGCAGUUCGGGGACACCACGCUGACCAAGGUGUUCGUCGGAGGCCUGGCGUGGGAGACCCCGACCGAGGACAUGCGCCGCUACUUCGAGCAGUUCGGGGAGAUCCUCGAGGCCGUCAUCAUCACUGACAAGAACACCGGCAAGUCGAAGGGCUACGGAUUUGUGACGUUUCGUGACCCGGAAUCAGCGAGAAGGGCUUGUGUCGAACCGAACCCGGUCAUAGAUGGAAGAAGAGCAAACUGCAACAUUGCUUCCAUGGGCAGACCUCGACCUUCGCCGCCGCGAGGGAGAGCACAAGGUGGGAACUACCCCUACCAAGGUGGAGCACCUCCGGCGCCCGGCAGCGCCAUGCCUUACAGCGGAGGAGCGGCGUCGCUGCAGCCCCCGCCGCCGCCGCCGCCGCCGUCGUUCGUUUAUCCGCCUUACGGGUACUCGACUUACCCUCCUGAAUAUGGAUACCACCAAGCAAUGUACAACCCGAUUCAGCAGCAGCAGCAGCAGCAGUACUAUCAGCAGAUGUACGGGGGGCCGUCUGCCUCGACAUCCGCCAUGGGCGCUGUCUCCCCGUACUACUACGGCUACUCGCUGCAAGCUGCCGGGAGGGGAGCCUACUCCUCGCCCCAGGCGCACCGUAUUCCGGGGCCCUCCUACCUCUACUAUCCUGCGCAUGCGGAGGGCCCGCCCUCCCCUUCCAGCCUCCUCCCCUCCCACCCUCCAGCCUCUCCGGCUCCCCUUCACUUCUCCCACAGCAGAUACGCACAACAACCCACAAGCAUCGACUAAUGCAGAAACAUCAUCCUCAUCGCCAUCAGGGGUUGCCGCUUCUCAAGCUCCGACAACCUAAGGAAGACAUCAUUCGAGCAUCGACAGAGUCGCUUGCGACGAUCCAUGUUCCUCCAACGUUCCUCCUAAACAAGGCAUUUUGCGUACGUUUUCGCUUCCUGUUCCUUUACCCCCCGGGCCUAGAAGAGAACGCAGCAGGUGGGGAAGAUCGCUGACGCUGCGCGAAGAUAGAGAGAGAUCUCGUCGCCACAGGAUCCGACCUCGCAAGAUGUGGGAGGAGGACGGAAGAAAGACUAAUCAACACCUGAUUUAUUAUUUUCAUUUUUUUCUUGUCUUCCUUUCCUUUCCUUUCCUUUUCUUUUAUCUCUCUCUUUGAUAAAAAAUAAUUCAUUCAUUUUUCUCCGCGUUCA